AUGGGGGAGGCAAUCACAACCCACGAGCAGGCGACUCUUAUCAAGGCAGAUCUGUUGAUCCCCGGGCGUGGAGAGCCGCUGCACGAUGCUGCCCUUGUAGCGAACAGGGACGAGAUCCUCUAUGUUGGACCUCAGACAAACAUUCCCAGUGAAUACACAACCCUCGAAGCUACCCAUGUCCCUGUGCUGAUGCCAGGGAUGUGGGAUUGCCAUGCCCACUUCCUCGGCAUGAACAGCUUCUCGAUCCACGAAAGCGCCUUUGCAGACCCUGUCUUGGUUGGAGCCAGGAUCUCCCGGGAUGCGACAGAGUAUCUCAAUGCCGGUUUCACGUCUGUCCGAGAAACCGGAGGAUAUGGCAUCCAUCUUGACAUGGCAGUCCAAGAAGGGAUAGUUAUUGGACCUAAGAUCUAUUCCUGCGGUGACAUCUUGAGCCAAACAGGAGGCCAUGGUGAUGUGCACGAUAUGCCUCUCCACGCGUUCACCGGAAUCUGCUCCCGUGGCUAUAUGAGCACACUAUGUGACGGGGUGGACGAAUGCCUCAAAGCUGUACGCACACAAAUACGGAAGGGUGCCUGUUUUGUCAAAAUUUGUGCCAGCGGCGGUCUUGGUACUUUGCGCGAUAAUCCCAGUCACCAACAAUUUUCGGACGUUGAGAUUCAGACUUUUGUCGAUGAAGCCAAACGCAAUGGUCGCAUUGUAGCAGCCCAUUGUCACGGAAAACCUGGGAUUCUAGCCGCAUUACAUGCCGGUGUACGCACUAUUGAGCACGGGACAGAACUGGACGACGAAUGCAUCGAGUUGAUGUUGAAGAAGGGUGCAAUCUUGGUUCCUACAAGAUCGCUUCACCAUGUGUCACUGGAACUCGGCAAAUGGACCAGUGGCCCAGCAUUCAAAAAGUUACAGAAGGCGGUCCCUAUCCACGCGCAGGCAUACAGCAAAGCCAUCAAAGCGGGAGUCAAAAUUGCACUUGGCUCAGAUCUUUUCCUCAGCUCCCCUGGACACAUGGCUUCGCAUGGUUCAGCAGGUCUAGAAGUCAAGUUCGCGGUUGAGGCCGGCAUGACACCCUUGGAGGCAAUCGAGGCCGCUACAGCCAACUGCCCGGAUACGUUGGGAGAACAAGGCCCUGCUAACGGCUCCGGACAGUUGAAAGAGGGAUUCGCGCCCGACUUUAUCGCAGUGGCAAAGGACCCACUCCAAGACAUCAAUGUUCUCACUGACACCACAAACAUCACCCAUGUUUGGCGUGCUGGAAAGCUAUACAAAUCGCCCGCCACACCAAUAAUUCCGGUGGCACUACAGAAGAAGUGA